GACGCUUCUGGAUGCGCCCUGGAGUGUCUGUUUGGUCUGACAGUCCUCACAGGCUCAGUCGGGGCUUUGCGGUGUCAUGCCCCGGGGCCCCCGGACCGCGCCGAGCUGGGCGCUGUUGCUGCGGCUGCUGGCACUGCUGCGGCCGCCGGGGAUGGGUGAGGCGUGCAGCUGCGCCCCUGCGCACCCCCAGCAGCACGUCUGCCACUCCGCGCUUGCCAUAAGGGCCAAAAUAUCCAGUGAGAAGGUAGUUCCUGCCAGUCCAGAUCCUACUGACACUCAAAAAAUGAUCCGGUAUGAAAUCAAACAGAUAAAGAUGUUUAAAGGGUUUGAGAAAGUCAAGGAUGUUCAGUAUAUCUAUACACCUUUUGAUUCCUCCCUCUGUGGUGUGAAACUAGAAGCUAACAGCCAGAAGCAAUAUCUCUUGACUGGUCAGGUCCUCAGUGAUGGAAAAGUCUUCAUCCACCUGUGCAACUACAUCGAACCUUGGGAGAACCUGUCCUUUUUGCAGAGAGAAAGUCUGAAUCAUCACUACCAUCUGAACUGUGGCUGCCAAAUUACCACCUGCUAUACAGUGCCUUGUACCAUCUCAGCCCCCAACGAGUGCCUCUGGACAGACUGGCUGCUGGAACGGAAGCUCUAUGGGUACCAAGCCCAGCAUUAUGUCUGCAUGAAGCAUGUUGAUGGCACCUGCAGCUGGUACCAGGGCCGCCUGCUCCUCAGGAAGGAGUUUGUUGACAUCAUCCAGCCCUAGUAGGGGCCAGUGACCAUCACAUCCCUUCAACCAUCCUGAAGCCCAAGCCAGUUUUCCUUCCCUGUGGAGCUCUGGCUGUCAACACCUGCCUCAUCACUGCCAGCCAAUGGAAAGUACCAAUGGAUAGUUUGGCUAGAAUUAGGAUAGGGAUGGAGUAUGUUAUAGCUUGUAUCCAAAUGCCAGCCCAGCACCUGUCAAGGGCCAGGGAAAGUAAUAUGACUUUUCUAGCCAGCCUUCAGCCCAUCUCUCCUGCCUCCCAAACCCUUUUAGUUGAGCUGAAAGCUGUUACUGAAAAUUUUGAUUCUGGCUUAGUUUGUUUUCUAGGCCAGAACUAUUCCCUUUUCUCCCUAGGAGAGUGUGUUUUCUCUUACCUUAACUGAUCUGAUAGGGGAGAAAUGAUGAUUAUUAUACAUAUGAGAUGAUGUAGCCUUGUGAUGUACAAUACCAGAAAGUGGGUUGACAGAAUCAGAAUCAGAACAAACUGGGGGAAUGAAAAGAACAACCCAUUAUGGCUGUAUGUCCUCUACUCAUAUCCCCACUCAAUCUAAUCUUUUCAUAUACUAUUAUCUGUUUGAGGGAGACUCUUGGGGGAUACAGUCACCCAACAUAAGACCUGCAAUGGCCUAACCUCCCUCCACAUGCUAUAAUCCCCUCAAUACCAUUCCUGGCAGAGGAUCUAGUCCAGUUAGCAUACCUCUUUAGGCAAGAAUAGACUUAGGUAUCGUCUCUGCAGGUUAACUAUCCUUAAAGCCCUCCACUGAUAUCCAUAAAGCUUCUCUUCUGUUUCUUUUAGAAAGCCCUUCUCUACUAGAUUACUAAUGGUUUUAUUCCUAAUUCAGAAUUUUUUUAAGCCAAAAACAGCUUUUCUAUUGUAAGAUGAAAUUCCCCUUUAGAUUUUGACACCUCAGAGAGAUCUUAGCAUUAGCAGGUCCUCUCUUGAGGGCAAAUUUCAGGAUAGAGGACAGGAGAAAAGUAACACAAGGACACUUGGGGGAAAAGAUGGUAGAUGGGGAAUGUGUUUUGCAACUGUUGCAACUGUUUUCAGUGGUCAGCCCUGCUAGACGUUAUGGCAGGAAAAAAAGCCAGUUUUGUUCCCUGUCUACCCUUCAGUUCAGUCCCCAUAUCACUGUGGGUUAGAUUCUCUGAGAACUCCAAGUACAGAUCCUUUAAGGUUCCUUAGAUUGUGCAAGGCUUCUAGCUUGCCCUGAAAGGGAAAAGCCCUUAUGUUCACCUCAAGGAUUUAUUAAGGAUGAGGUCUUAAAGUUCUAGAGCCUCUUCCUGGCAAAGAUGAAGGAGGUAGUUCUUUUCAAGGCCCAAGGUUGCUAUUCAUUUUUUAUGUGUGGUUUGCUAAUAAGCAGUGCCAUCUCCAUAUGCCAAAUGAAGGUUCUUGAUUCACAGAAAUUGUUCAAAUGGAGAUCCCUUUUGGAGUAGGGAGUGGGAAAGGCAACAAACAUGAUCACUGUCCCACAGUACAAUACUAGAAUGUUAUGGCAGAAAGUCUCCAUUGGUGGGUUAAGCAAUUGACUUAACUAGUGGUCACCAACUGACCUUGCAGGCCUGGGGCAGAGGAUGUAGGGACAGAGAGGAAGAAGACAGUUGAGCUAAAAGUUGUCUUAAAGGAAACACAUUAGCUUUAGUCCUGUACCAACCAACCAUGCCAUCUCUCUGCCCCUUCUGACAUCCUAGCAUGGCCUCAGAGAAGGCACAGUGUUAGUUAGCCCAGUCUUAUCUCAAUCUUGAGGAAGCCAAAGGAAUGGAAGGGCCUGGUGAAUAAUAACAGGAACAACACCUUACAUCUGAGGAGUGCUUCACACUUUUCCAGAAGACUAUUACUUAAUCUCACUUACAUUUUAUAAGUACCAUAUUAGAUAUCCUGGUCAGAAAUAAUGAUGCCCAUUUAACUUUCCUAUUGGGAAACUCACACACAGGGACUCUAACCUAGUCCAGUGACAUGUGGCAGGGCAAGGACUAGAACCCAAAAUAGCAGGAUCUUCUGAUUGUUGAUCCAAAGAUUUCUUACUUUUUCAGCUUCAUAAAAUGCCUUUGUUUCUGCUCUUCCCUAUUGGGUCUCCGGAUUUGGGAAGCAAGAGGUUGGCAUUUAAAAUUCAGCUGCUCUAGCCCCACAAAGCAGGUCCACAGUUAAUCCCCAACAGAGUCUUGGGGGGUUGAAAUGCUGAGGCAUUUAGAGCCCCAUAAUCACCAAGCUCAGAAUGUAAACACCAGAGGACUAAAGUCCCCACUCAAUCUCCUACCAUCUCUUUAUGGUUGGGGUAGUAUGUCUGCUCAAUGAGUGGGAACUUCUCUCCUCCCAAUGUCUUGUAGAUGGCCACCAGCUGGGCAAACUGUAAAAGAGAAGCAAAUAUUUCAGCUUAUCUGGACAAAUGCAACAGACAAACAUCAAUCUAUCAAACAAAUAUUUAUUGGGUUUGCUAUGUUGGAGGCUUUGUACACUGAGGAUAUAAAAGAGGUAUACUAUUCUUAUUUUUAAAGACAUAUGCAUUAGUUGGGGAAGGGAGAAAGAAUGCACUAACAUUCAUUCAGUACCUAUAUGAUUUUAAGGAUAUUUCAUUCAUUCCUCAUAUCAAAUUGAUGAACUAGGUAUUUUAUCAUCUUUAUUUUACAUAUGAGGCUCAGAGACAGUACAAAAGUUGCCUAAAGUCACAGAGCUGCAAAGAGAUGAAGCUGGGAUUGAAAUUUGGGUCUCUAACUUAAACACUUGCAUUCUAGAGAUGACAACUGAUAAAGCUAAAUAGGUAACAUGGGGACAAGUCAUGAAAGUUCAAAUGCCAGGAAAGGAAUGAUAGCUUUUUUUCUGCAGGCAGUCUGAAGUCCUAAGAAUUGGAGCAGGGGUCAUGAAUAAAGCUAUUCUUUAGGAAGAUUUUCAUGCUCAUGGUAUUCAGGAUAGAUAGACCUAGUCUCUCUAGGACUUACUACUCAUUUAAGAACUGAACUCACUGGAUCCUUCACCUAUGAGAAACCAGAACAACUCUACAAAGAAGAGGUGAGGUACACAUACUUACAGUGUGAGGGUUGAAAACCCUUUGGCAAAUAUCUAGCACCUCCUGAAGUCCCUUGCCCCCACAUUUUAUAAGUGAAGAAACCAAAGCCCAGAGAGAUCACUUGUCCAAGGCCACAUAAUAGUUGAGCCGUAUUCAUAGCCAGGCCCUUUUAUUUUUGAUCUGUAACUCUUCACAUGGCUGCCUUUCAGACUCUGCAGAGACCAUGCUUUUCCCAUAGUAAACACACAGGCCUUUUCUGCUCAAUCCAUUCAAACAUACACCCACUCAAACACCUAUCUCCAGUGCCUUGGCAGCAGAGGUAAUCCAGCAUCUUCCCUCUAGUGCUACUUAGGUUAGUUUACACUCUAACCACUGAUAUCUGGAACUGCUAGAAGGAAAAGUUGCCAGAUCAGACUUGCCUUCUAUUUACCAGAGAAAGGAAAGCUAGAAUAUUUUUCAAAAGCUCAGGUCUUAUUCUCUAUAAGGGAUGUUGGUACAUGAGCCAGUGGGGACAGAAGGUAUGGGGGGAGGAGUAGAAACUUAGAAUGGAUUUUUAAAAAUGAAGUCUUCUGGUUCUUGUUCUGCCUGGAACUUGCUAGGUGCCCUUUGGGCAAAUGAUUUCUCCUCUCAUUUUUUUUUAAUAUAUAAAAUGAAAGGAGUGAAUUUAAUCAGUUCCUCAAACUUUUUGCCAUAAGGGAACACCAUUUUAUUAUAUUUCCCCCCAAACUCCAUUAUCAAACUGCAGUUUAAGUGAUCAUAUAUUGUGGUCCUUUGUUGGCAAGGAUAGAAUUUAUUUUUGAAAUACUGGAAAAUCUUGUAAUUUCUGGGUCACUCCCCUUUGUGGAACGGCUAUUGACUGUAGAUCUUGAAGGCCUCCUCCAGAACUGAAAGUAUGAUUCAGGGACUCUCAAACCCUCAAGAUUUGUUAUUGAAAGAGACUUUAGGGAUGCCUGGAUGGCUCAGCAGUUGAGCCUUUGAGCAUCAUGCCUUUGGCUCAGGGAGUGAUCUCAAGGUCCAGGAUCAAGUUCCACAUCGGGCUCCUUGUGGGGAGCCUGAUUUUCCCUCUGCCUGUGUCUCUGCCUCUCUCUGUGUCUCUCAUGAAUAAAUAAAUAAAAUAUUAAAGAAAAAAAGAGAGACUUUAGAUCUUGUAGACCAAACAUCUCAUUUUACACAUGAGGAGGUGAGGCUAAGCUAAAGAAGCAAAGGAGAGCACAGGUUCCUAGAUCACCCCUGGAAUUGGGACUGCAGGACAGCACCCAGGUAGGUCUCUUCCUGCUCCUUGCAUUCUCCAUUUUACCCUGCUGUCCUUGCCAUUCUUUGGUUUUCAACUUGCUUUGAUUGUCAAGACCAACCCCUCAGACUUUUCUUGCCUUCUCUGAUUCUUCCCAUCACCCCAUCUGACCUUUAAGUCCUGCCUGCCCAGAUUCCUGCCUCUGGAUACCUGCCUGAGCUCCCAUAGCUCUCCAGCAUCGCCAGCAAGCGGAUGCCAGCUCUGCCUGACAACCUCUGUCCUGCUGCAGCCCACGUCCUGGCAUGGCACUGAGGCAUGUGGGGCCUCAUCUUUCCAGCAUGUGGGAGAGUUACACAGACACCACAGCAAUGCCAAGAAGGCCCACGGCAAAAUCCCAGAGUCCUGGGACAGCAAAACUAAAAUGGCAGCCAGUUAGGUCCGGGGGGGGGUUGUUAGGUCUGUGGGAGCUCACCCUACUCUACUCCACUCCACUUUAAUCUCCAGCAGUCCCUGUCAGCUCAAGGUAUUGGACUUGGCAUCUAACCCCUGCCUCCUUGGAAACUUAGAUUAAGUCACAAGCACACAGUUACCAAUUAAACAAAUGUAAUAUCUGAUAAGGGUUAUUUCCUUUAUGCAUAGACAAAAGAAUGGAUUUUGGAGCUGGGGGUGGUGUUGGCAAUGAAUAGGAAGAUAAUUGUUCAUUACCACCACUUCUUCAGUGAAUCGGGAAAGACUUCUUGAAGAAAUGAGAUUUCAGAAUCAGUCUGAGCUUAGUAUGUUAUCCUUAGCCCUCCUGAAAAUAAAUGCUUUAAUUCAA